GGAGCACUGACUGACAUGUUCAUUAAGGGCCGGACUCCAAGGGCACCUCCCCGAGAGCGACUGAAUACGAACCGCGGCGGGCGGAGGACGGCAGCCGUAGCCCCGCCCCCCAUGCUGGGCUCCACCUCCCGGCCCCACUUCCGCCGGGCGAGCGUCUGUAGGCGACGCUGCCGUAAAUUGGUCCGGAGGUUUGCCGCAUCACGGAAGAUGGCGGCCACGGCGGUGAACGGGGUGCCGGGCGCCUCGAGCUCGGGCUCUGCGGCGGCCUCGGGUGCAGUCCUUCAGGUCGCGGCCGGCAUGUACGAGCAACUUAAGGGCGAGUGGAACCGUAAAAGCCCCAAUCUUAGCAAGUGCGGUGAAGAGCUGGGCCGUCUCAAGCUGGUUCUGCUGGAGCUCAACUUCUUGCCAACUACAGGGACCAAACUGACCAAACAGCAGCUCAUUCUGGCCCGUGACAUUCUGGAGAUUGGGGCCCAGUGGAGCAUCCUGCGCAAGGACAUCCCCUCCUUCGAGCGUUACAUGGCCCAGCUCAAAUGCUACUACUUCGAUUACAAGGAGCAGCUCCCCGAGUCAGCCUAUAUGCAUCAGCUCUUGGGCCUCAAUCUCCUCUUCCUGCUGUCCCAGAACCGGGUGGCUGAAUUCCACACAGAGUUGGAGCGGCUGCCUGCCAAGGACAUCCAGACCAAUGUAUACAUCAAGCAUCCUGUGUCCCUCGAGCAGUACCUGAUGGAAGGCAGCUAUAACAAGGUGUUCCUGGCCAAAGGCAACAUCCCUGCUGAGAGCUAUACCUUCUUCAUUGACAUCCUGCUUGACACUAUCAGGGACGAGAUUGCUGGGUGCAUUGAGAAGGCCUAUGAGAAGAUCCUUUUCACUGAGGCCACCCGGAUCCUCUUCUUCAACACACCCAAAAAGAUGACAGACUACGCUAAGAAGCGAGGGUGGGUUCUGGGCCUCAACAACUACUACAGCUUUGCCAGCCAGCAGCAGAAGCCAGAAGAUACCACCAUCCCCUCCACGGAACUGGCCAAACAGGUCAUCGAGUAUGCCCGCCAGCUGGAGAUGAUCGUCUGAGCGCCCCCAACCCCGGCACCAGGGCGAGGCCGGGCCUGCGGCAUUUAAAGCAGUGGCAGGGCAGGGCUUCCUCCAAUAAAGGUGGAUUGACCUUC